AUGACCGACACGAAAGUUUCUCUGGAUGAGAUUUGGGCCGAGGCGGCCAGGCAGUUCCAGGACAUUUGCGGGGAGUCGCUUCAGAGAGGCGACGUGAAAAGCUUCGAUGAUGUGAGGAAAAAGAUUGAGAAUGCGAACAAGCAGCCGGGAUACGUCAACGACGAGUCAGAGGAUAAAUGGGAGAAAGCAAAGACUGUGGGCCUGCAGUCGCUCAAGUAUAUGAAAAUGCUCCUUGGGGCCGCUUCCCAGGCGGCCGUCUUUAUUCCUAUUCCGGCUGCCGCGGCCAACAUCGCAGGCUCUGCAUUGAGCUUCGUUUUCGACAUACCUGAGCGAAUAAGGGGCUAUAACGAAGCGGUCGACGGAGUCUUCACGGUCGUAUCUUCAGCGCUCUCACAAUUCGAGAUCUACGAGUCCAUCGAAGGCAUAGACCCCGUUAUGGUCCAGCAAAUUCACCGUGUAAUGGUCAGCAUCGUAAAGAUCUGUGCCCACGUUGUGAAGUACCGCCAGGGUCGCCGGGGCAGUCGGUUAAAGAGACAAAUUGCGUCUAUAUUCGACGAUAACAAGCCUCUGGAGGCUGAACUAAAUGAGUUCCGGCGAGUGCUGCAGGAACAGCGAGAUAUUGAGGGGACGGUCAGUUUGAGCGUGCUGGUAAAGACACAGUCAGGCGUGGUGACACUCCUGGAAAGGUCUGCUGUCUUUGGUAAGACGGUCGAGGAUACGUACCAGGCAGUCCAAUCGCUCAAAGACAACAACGAACGCACUCAAACCCUUAUCAAGAUCCGUAACACGCUUCAGGUGCCAACGAUCGUCCUUCUCGACACACGAACCACACAAACGUGCACAAAUCUGGCAAACAAGUGCUUGGAAGGGACAGGAUCCUGGAUAUGGAAGGAUGAGGCAUUUGUCUCCUGGACAGAGGGUACUGCAAAGGGUGAUAACCAACAAAAGUCCAAUGUGCUCAUCGUUUCGGGCCCUCCCUCAAGUGGCAAAACCUUGGCUACUGCUCAAAUAAUCAAGCACCUCGAGGAAGAAAAGGGUCGAGCGUACAUUGCUCAUUACUUCUUCAUGCCAGCCAGCAGCAAAAAGGUCGAUGAAGACGGCAAACAUGUUAUACACUCAGCUCUGCGGUACAUGGCCUUCCAAUUUGCGAGAGUCGAUGCCACCGUGAGAAAAUCUCUGGGCAAGGCAUGUGAAUCCCUAAACCUUUCCACGCUGAUCCGAAACUCGUCCUCAGACGUGGAUGGUCUGUGGUCAGAAUUGAAGAUUGUGGCUCCAGGAUCAGGGACGACGUACUACCUUGCAUUUGAUGGAGUUGAGAAUUUGGAAGAGAAAGAGCGUGAGAUUCUGCUUGACUUCAUCUUCAGCCCUAAACUGGCCGCGGAGUCUGCAGGUCGUGUGCGAGUGCUGGUGAGCGGGACGGACGCAGUAUUGAAAAACGAAGAUGUAACUCGAAACGCAUUACGAAUCGAAAUGGAUCGGUACAAUGAGUCGGACAUGAGACUUUUCAUUGAGGACAGACUCAGCGAAAAGGGCCUCCUACGGCAUGCGGCGCCAGGUUCCGUGCAACAGAAAGCCAAAGACAAUGUGCUUGCGAAGCUACCACCAAAAGCGUCAGGCAGCUACUCCCAGCUACAGUUCGCAUUGGACGAGGUGGUUCGACUAUUAAGUUCCCGAACAUCCAUUGCGGAGCUGGAUAAGGUGUUGAACCAUCCAAUGAACAGCCAUGAGACAGCAAUCAAAGCCUUGCAGCGUUCACUGACUCUGGAAGAGAUUAGCGAGCUGAAUGAGCUGUUGAAAUGGGUCCACUUCAGCAGCAGGCGGAUGACGGUGGCCGAACUUGAAGGUGCUAUGCUCCUUUACUCCGGCACAGAGUCUAUUGGACUCUUACAAGACAUCAUCACCAGCAAGUACCUGGCUGUCCUCAAGAUUGACUGCUCCGAAGAUGGCUGCUUUGUAGAAGGUCAGGACGGAGCACUUGAGUACUUGCAAAAGGAGGAAGACCGCAAAGGUCGGCAAUCGAAAGACCAGCCCACAAUCAGCAUGACCAUUAACAUCAAUAACGUGGAUCAUGAGGUUGUCGGUCAUUUUCUUUGGGAUUUGGCACAAAAAGGAAUCCGGGAUCAAUUCCGGUUCAAUUUCGAUUCUGCAUCCAACAUUUUGCACACUCGUCAAAGCACCAUUGCCGUGGAUGAGUAUGAGGCACAUCACACAAUUGCGAUGCGAGCCUUGAAAUACCUGUGUGGAGAGCCAAGGGACGAGACCCAGGAGAUAGGACGCUAUCUCUUUUGGUGUUUACCAUACCAUCUGGGAAGACUCACCCAGCUUGAAUAUGACGAAAAGGGAGGUCUAAUGCCUGAAGAGCAGCGGGAGAUUGGACAACAUCUGUACCACCUGUUCAAAGACCACGAGGCUUUCAAACGCCACAAGAAGAUUGUGGAGCAUUUCUGGUGGACCGCAAAAGAGAUGAAAGAUGUGCAGAAGUGGCUGACGACCUUGGCUGUGGUUCGGAGGCUACCGAGACAGUGGCGCGAGGAAGUACAGCAAUACGCUAGCCCCGUGAGAGGAUACCUCCGGCCGCUCGUCAAGAUGGUGAUCGAGAGUUGGUUAAGAGACCGCGGGCGGAUCACGGCCGAGACCUUGUCUGGGUACAGGGGUUGGAUACUCCAAUUCAUGGAGGUGGACGAACAAAGUCAAGCACUACCACAAACGCCUACCAUGAACACCACCGGUACAAUCUCAGCUGCCCCAUCCACCAGCGAGACCUCCGAAGUUGAUUGGUACCGUGUGAGCUUGUGGUGUCAAAACUUUCUGGAGCUCCCAAGCUCCGAUCUUGACUCCCUGUGGUGGAGUCGCAUUGGGCAAGCAGCAGUCACAGAGGGCUGGGAUAAUCCGCAGAUUGUCAAGUCGCUUUUCAAACGCGCACUCGAGGAGGAGAAUCCAAGCUGGAUUUCAAACGCCAACUUGGCUGAGUGUCACUAUCGAUUGGGCGACAUUGCAGAGGCCAUUGCAGAAGUAGAACUGGCCCUCAAAAUGACCGAGCGAGAAGGCUCCUGGCCGACGGCACAAGAGGAAGAUAUCAUGAAUCUUCGUUUUAGCUUGGGGAGUUCCCAUCUGGAGGACGGAAAUAUACAGCAGGCGGCGGAGCAAUUUUGCUUGGUAUCCAACAGCUCAAUCUCAUACUGGGCGGAGCCAGGCCAAGUGGCUCAUAUCAAGGCAGUAUUGAGCUUGGAUGACGCAAAGAAGGCGCAGGAAAUGCUUCAGGGCGCCUUGGCUACGGAUGGUAGUGAAAGGAGCAUGGUCCCUGUCUUGAAAAUGAUUGCACGGGACCAAGACCACAACUUCACGAUCUCGAAAAUGUUCACUAUUGCAAAUGAGGACUCGAAUCUCCUGAAAGGACUAUGGGCGGCCUUAGAGAAGGCGACGACUCCCCUGGCACCAGGCGAAAACAAAGCGACCGAGAUGUCUAAGGACGACCGCUUUUCCGAGGAAGUAUCUCGUGGAGUACUCCUGUAUCACCGCGGAAUGGCUGUGGCGUAUGGACGAUCUCCGGAAGGUGCAGGUUCUGUCAACGACGCGUUGGCCUUCUGGCAUGAAUGCCGUGCCCAGCUUCAUGCGAUCGGAGGAUCGGUAGCAUCCACCACAAGAACGAACGCCACUGCCGAGAUUGCCAAAUAUUACUUUCACACCUUGACAACGAAUCAAGGACCGCCAGAGCAUAUCGAAAUGCUCUCCAAACUUGCUAGAGAAGAUUCCGGUACUGACGGUGGCGAUCCGGUCGGAUACUUGGCAGCACUGUACGCACUACGCGACGAAAAAGAGAAGUCAAGGGGCCUCCUUUCGCGGCAGAUCAAAGUUGCGCUACAAAUUCUGUCGGAUGAUAACCCUGACAAUGAUUAUUAUGGACUCCUAACUCUCUUCAAGUCACUGGCUCAUUGCCGAGACUUCAACAAUGCAGCCGCCGCCCUGACGUUGAUGGGAUCACCAGAUCUGCUGACCACUUCUUUGCACUUUGAAUCUGACGAUAUCACCGAUGGAGAGGUCAGCGACAAGCAUGAGGUCAAAGAGCUGGUGGAAGAAUUGGGCAAACAAAUUUUACAGGCAGUCAAAACCCUGGUCCCGGAUUCUUCACAGCAAUCCCGGCGUUUUGAGCUGGCCAAGGAGCACGUCGACGCUCUCGUUGCCGCAGAUUUACAUGAAUCGAAGGCCAGAGCCACUGCGCUCACUCUCCUCAAUACCCGCAUUUCUACAAUGCUGGAAACGCACACGUCCACUAUGAAAACCAUGGUCUCACGGACGGGUUGGUUCUGCAACGGGCUUGGACCCCCUGGAACAGCAUGUGACAAGGAGUUUGACUUUGAUCACGAGUUUUACCACUGCAUCUGCUGUUGGAAUUGUGACUUCUGCCUAGACUGUUUAAAGAAGUUGCGAGAGGGACCAACUCCCGGUAUGCAGUGUAGCGCAGAGCACGUGUGGAUCAAGCUCCCGCCACAAGGGAGUGACUUCUAUCGUGGAUUUGACGCCAAAAGUAUAAGGGUUCCAAUGGUGAGGGCUAUUGAGGGCGGUGAGAUGUUGUUCGAGGCCUGCUACGAUACAGAUGGAGAGACCAAUGAGUUGACGCUGGACGCAUGGAAGGCGGCCUUGGCCAAAGAGUGGGAUAUAUCGUUGGAAGAUUUGAAGGAUUACCCUUGA